AUGGAACUAAAAGGGAAAUAUUUGCACUGGGCUGUGACAGCGGCGAGCUGUCAGGCCUUCCUUCUCCUGGGGUACGAUCAGGGUGUUAUGAGUGGCCUGGUUGGGGCCAACAAUGAAUUUGGAAAGCAGUUCAACCACCCCGAUGCGACGAUGCAAGGCAUCCUGACUUCAAUUUACGAUAUCGGCUGCGCGGUCGGAUGUCUUCUGAGCUUCGUCGUCGGACAUAGGGUCGGUCGUAAACGCAUGAUUAUUGCAGGCGGCUCGAUCAUGGUGAUUGGCACGAUCAUCCUAGGCUCUUCAUACAGUACCGCACAGUUUUUGGUCGGCAGAGUUGUAACUGGCUUCGGGAAUGGCAUCAACAGCAGCACAGUACCGACAUACCAGAGUGAAAUGGCCCGACCCGAAUUACGAGGAAGACUUCUCUCCGCACAAGGCACAGUGACGAUUGUGGGUCUCUGCGUUGCGUACUGGCUUGACUAUGGAUUAAGCUUUGUCGAGUCACCGGUUCAAUGGCGUUUCCCGAUCAGCUUCCAAGCCUUCUUCGCCGUUUGCCUUGUGCUGCAGAUGCUUCCCCUACCCGAUACCCCCCGAUGGCUCUGUGAGCAAGACCGAAGCGAUGAGGCUGCCUCGAUCCUAGCCCGACUUCAACUUGAGCAGCCUGCGAGCGAAUCAACACCCGAGGUCAUGCAACUGCGCAGGCAGAUUGAGACCUCCAUUGAGAUCGAGUCUGCUGGCGGAUCUUUCAAGUACAAGGAACUUCUGUGGGGCGGAAAAAUUCAGAACCUUCGCCGGAUGAUUCUUGCUGGUCUGAUCAAUGUUCAGCAGCAGUUUACUGGAUCAAACAUGAUCAAUUACUACGCACCUGUCGUCUAUCAAAACGCCAUGCAUCUCUCACGCAACCUGUCUUUGAUUCUCGGCGGCUGCACCUCCCUAGCAUAUUUGCUCGGAUCAAUUAUUCCUCUUUGGAGUAUGGAUAAAUUCGGUCGUCGAGCCUCACUUAUGAUCUCUGCUGCUGGUCUUUGCUUCUGUUUCGUGAUGGCCGCUAUCCUGCUGUCGAUUGGUACCACACAAUGCGCCUAUGCUGCGACCGCAUUCGUGUUCAUCUUCCAGAUUUUCCUUGGAUUUGGAUAUUUACCAGUUCCAUGGUUCUACCCUAGUGAAAUUACCACCACCCGUAUCCGUGCCAGAGGCCAGGCUUUCGCUGGCUUCGUCAACUGGAUGUGUGUCUUCAUUGUUGUUCAAGUGACACCAACAGCGAUCGACAACAUCGGGUGGAGAACAUUCAUUAUUUUCGCCUGCUUCUGUUUUGCAUGGAUUCCAAUGGUCUAUUUCUUCUUCCCGGAGACUAAGGGACUGGAACUUGAGGAUGUCGAUUAUCUCUUCGAGGGUGGUGGCAUCACGGGUGGCGUUUUCGCGUCUCGUGGCUACCCUGUUAAGCCAGGGUUCCAUCGCAGUCAAAACACUGACCCGAGUGAAAAGCCUGUCGAAGAGCACAUCGAGUCCGGUGCCAAUGUAUAG